AUGGCAUUCGACGAUCCAUUUAACACUAGCAAUGUAUCCAUCAAUGAUGAUACUCCCAAUAGUUUCGAUAAUUUCAAUGAUGAAGAUCCAGCUGCUGAAUUUCUAGAACGAGAACAACGAGAAUUAGGUGAUAUAACAGGUAACAAUGGUAUUAAUGCAUUUGAAGAUCCAUUCAAUACAGAUAGUGUAUCAUUAACAAACGGUGCACAUUCACCAGCUAUCAAUACAAAUGGUAGUAUUUCACCAAAUCCAUCUAGUCAAAAUGGUGAUCAAUAUCAAGCAUUAUCACAAUUGAACGAACCGGAAACAAUUUUAAAAUGGCGAGAAGAAUUUUCUACACGUAUUAAUAAAAAAGAUACAGAAGAAGAAGUUAAGCGUAAAGAAAUGCGUGAACAAGCUAAAAAAGAAUUAGAUGAUUUUUAUAAACAACGUGUCGAACAAAUGGAACGUGUUAAAGGAGAAAAUCGUUUAAAUAAUCGUACAUUAGAAGAUGAUCUUUUUAGUAAUGGUAAUAAUUCGACAUCCAAUGGAAAAAUAAAUGAUUGGGAUAAAAUAACAAGUUUAUGCGAAUUUAAUCCAAAAAAUAAUCGUUCACAAAAAGAUUUAACACGUUAUAGAAGUGUUUUACUUCAAUUGAAACAACAACAACAAACAAGUGCAAAAUAA